CGAGGAUGUAUGGUACGCGUAUCGUACGGUACGUACCCGUACUUUUAAGGCACCGUACGCUACGUACAGCACAGUGUGCAGUGUAGUGGAUUGCUAUUGACGAGCAAAAAUCGAAAAAAAUGGACGAAAGAUACACUUUCAUAGCAAGAGUACGGGUACGGGUACGAGUAGUACCUCGUACCGGACGGAUGGAAGAUCGCACUCGUACCGUGGAACAAUUUACACCAGAAUGAAAGGAAACGAAUAACUCRCACGGGAACUCCCAAUAACAAUAACAACAACAUAAAUCUUUCUUGUCCGUGUCGACAUGUCGAUGUCUUCUUUGCCUUUCGCGCUGCUUUUGCUGGUAGCUGCAGUUUCGUUUGCAACUUAUUCCGUGUAUUUACURCUACCACUGGCGAACCUCCGGUGCACUGGUCCCGAAAUAGAAAUUCCAGGAAAAGAGAACCAACACACCCAGAAUGACGCAGAAAGCAACAACAAACCAAGCACAAAGAAGAACAUCCUGCUCCUCCUAACAGACGACCAGGACGUGGAACUCGGAUCCUUCGACACCCAAAGCUAUAUGCCAAAGCUACAUUCCUUCCUGAAGCAGCAGGGAAUUACCUUCGAAAAGGGCGCGCUGGUGCACGUUCCCAUUUGUUGCCCAAGCCGAUCCUCGCUCCUAACGGGGAAAUACCUGCACAACAAGAAGGUAGGUGGGACAAACACAAGGGAAAGCAACCAAGAAGACAACCUGUACCGAUUGGCGGUGAACAACAGUCUGGCUGGGAAUUGCUACGGAGACACAUGGCGGAAACAUACCGAGAAGGAAGACACGAUUGCCGUCUACGCCAAGGCAGCGGGUUACACUACGCUCUAUGCCGGAAAGUACCUCAACCAAUACAAGCACAGCAGCAGCAGCACCAGCACCAACACCAGCAGCAGCGGUUCGCACUCCGACAUCGAUCCCGAUUCAAUACCGGCCGGGUGGGAUUAUUGGUACGGCCUGGAGGGGAAUUCAAGAUACUACAACUACACGAUUGUCGAGCGGACGCCAAACCCGGAAAACGAGGGCACGGUGGACAACGACGGCAGGGGCGGUACCAUCCGCCUGCACGCCCACGGAGAUUCCUACCCCGGGGACUACCUGCCGCUCGUUCUAAAGGACUACACCCUMUCCACCCUGCCCGGGCUCACCGAGCCAUGGCUCGCCGUCGUCGCCUGGCCGACCCCCCACGGGCCAUUCACUCCGGAACCGAAGCACGCGGGAGACUACCCGGACGUGGCUGCGCCCCGGACCCCCAACUGGAACGCCUCGGGCACCGGCAGCAGUCCCUCUCAACGAAAGCAUUGGUUGCUCCGGCAGCUGGGAGCCAUCUCCGAACGGACSGCGUCGCAGAUCGACGCCAUCUAUCGGAACCGGUUGCGGGCCCUUGCGACGGUCGACGAUCACGUCGGAGCCCUCGUCGAAUGGCUCGGGAGACCAGAAACCAAUGCCAGCAGCGGGAGCGGCAAUGCCACAUCGGACGAGAGUGAAAACAAGGAAGAUCUGAACACAACGAUGCUCGAUCGAACGGUGAUCAUGUACACUAGUGACAAUGGGUUUCAAUUCGGACAGCACCGAUUGGCCAUCGAUAAGGUUGGUACACGUCCAAAAGUAUGCAGAGUGUGUUCGGUUCCUUGAUUUGGAUCUCAUCGAUUCUUUGGGUCCUCUUUCUUUCUACACAAAAUGACAGCGUCACUUGUACGAACACGACGUGCGAGUCCCCUUUGUGGUUCGUGGUCCGUUUGGCAGUGGUGCCAAGAGCAUUUCUGUGCCCCAAGAACRRAUUAUCUCCCUGGUAGAUAUAGCACCCACGAUGCUGGACAUUUUCUURGAGGCCAUUCAGCACAACGACRACAACRACAACACGGAUGCUUCCUUGGUCCAUCGCCUGCGUGGUGCUAUGGACCGAAUGGACGGUGUUUCGUUUUGGGAUUUUCUUCGAACCAUCGGGGGAGACGAAAACCACCUACCAAUGAACACCACCAGGRACUAUCACAACGGACACAAAACACGGCCCAGUGAUCCAUUCUUGCAACGCAACGAUUUAUUGAUUGCGUACCACGGAGAGGGAGAUCCCAGGUGCGGUUUGAGCGAAUGCCCCGCUCCCCUGAACGGGCUUUGGUGGAUGCCCGACUCCUACAACAACACGUAUCAUUGCGUCCGGACCAUGACUGCGAAUGCAAUCCAAAACACAAACCAACRCARCAGAGAGGGCAUCCGAGAGGAUGCGGGAGCGGCGGAUGCAUCGGAUUCGAGAGCAACAAACAGCAAGGCAGCGAACAACGAAAACAGCAUAUAUUGCGUCUUUUACGAUAACGAAGAUUUUGUCGAGUACUAUGAUCUCAACAAGAAUCCCUUUCAGCUCGGUAAUGAUUACCAURCGCUGAGCGAUUUCCAAGUACAACGAUACGAAAAACGUCUUCAAGAGCUGUUGUCGUAAAGAUACAUUCAAGAAAUACUCGAUUCGUUCCUCUGCCAGAGAGAACAGCAAUAAUUUWAAAAAAAAUAG